UGCAAAUAGUAAUGUAACUUAGUUCAUUAAGUUAAUGGUGUUUUUCUCCUCGUUACAGAUCACCAUGGGCCAGCGAUACUUAAUAACUUUUUGUGCCCUGAUCUUCGUCACGACGGGCUACUGUCAGACUGAAACGGAGCCGCCAACAACGGUAACAACCAAGGCUCCAACAACAACAACGGCCGUCACCUCCACAACAACAGCCUGGGAGGAGACGCUGAACGAGGGCCAGGCCAUCCAGAAGGCGCUGCAGUACCUCCUGCAGCACCGCCAGCCCGACUGGGGCUGGGGCAACGACACGCACCACGUCAUGCUGACCCUGCAGUUGGCCAACAACACGGGCAAGGAGAUCGAGCAGCAAGGGCUGGAGAUGCAGCUGUCAGCCAAACAGAUGGAGAUAGAGAUACUGCUCAUGAUGUCCAAACACCACGAGUCUCCUCCCCCCCUGGGACGCCUGGCCGCCUACACGCUUGCCCUCGGCGCUCUCUGCAAGGACCCUCGGUCCUUCCACGGCCGAGACCUGGUGGCCGCACUCUUGCACCGGGAGCCGCCUCAUGACCUGGAGUUUGCGUACGCUACCCUGGCUGCCUGCUCCUCGGCUGCUCAUGUUAGACGCCGCCAUAUCAGGAGGCUAUUGGAUAUCGCUAAUGCUGCCUCUGAUCAUAGUCUUGACACGAUCUCGAUGGUGAUCCUGGCGCUGCGCUGCGUGGUGCAGGACCACCGGCACCGCAGCCUCAUCCACUUCGUGCGCCGCCCCAUGGCCGGGCUCGCGCGCCAGCAGCACUCCGACGGCAGCUUCGGCACGCUCACCACCACUGCGCUUGCUAUACAGGCUCUCGAAGACUCAGAAUCAGGCCCCGGCGCGCACCAGCACUGGAGCUUCCCCGCGGCUCGCAAGUGGCUCGUGGCUCGGCAGCGCGCCGACGGGGGCUGGGGCGGAGUGGCUGACACUGCGGCCGCUGUGGCUGCCCUCACACCAGCCUCAUUGGCUGCUGUCAGGCCCCCGCAUUGCUCUGAUAAGCUGCUUGAUAACCGACAUGAGCCUUUAGACAGCAACGGCGGCGACGGCACCCUGAAGCUUGCCUACCAGUCUGGCAGCACCAGCAACGACUCGGAGGCACGUAACGUGUCCUUCACUUACACGCUGUGGGUCGGCACCAACGUUACUGAGAACUACACGCUGCACAUGGUCGCUCCGAGGAAUGUAUCAUUCUUCCACGUGAUGCAAAUCGCAGCGGAGAUGCACCCUAAGUUCAAGUUCGAAGCUAGCGAGUGGCCCAACGGUCACUACGUGCACACCAUCGCUGGGCACAAGGAAGAGCCCAUGGGCUACCACUACUGGCUGCUGUACCGUCUGCCCGAGAUCCCUGACCCUGCCAGCCCGCCCGGCAACCAGCUCGUCGCGCCCGUCGGUGUGGACGACUUACUAGUUGAAGACGGGGAGCAUUACCUGUUUUGGUACAAGAAGCUGUAAUUCUGCCACCAUCAGUCACCAUCACCGUUACAUUUGAAUUAUAUUCCUCCUAUCAUCCAGUUAACCAUUUUCAAAACCACGACUUUUAUUUAAAACCCUAUUUUUUCGAAGAACUUAGAUAUAAGAUUUUGCAGUCAUGUUAUCGUAUGUAUUUUAAUAGAAUUAUUAGUGUAGGAACAUAUUUAUCAAGCAAUCGUAUAAUAGUGAGUUAAAGUUGAAUAUUUCAUCUUUCCUGACGCAUUAUGUAGCUGUGAUCAAUUCUCUCGUUAUACUAGAGAAAGUUUUUAACAUCACACUUUGUUAGUGUCAAAAUGUUUGCUGUGAAUGAUACCAAAGAUGAGAAGUUUCCAUUCCACGCUUAAAAGGCGUUUUGAUGUAAAUAUUUAUGUUGUUUUAGCAUUCAAUACCUAUGAAACUACACAUUUGUAUCUUAUUUGCUAACAAUAAAAUGUGUAGGUCCAAUGAUAGACCCUUGGAAAAUACCUUUCGCCCCACCUUGGAAUUCGCAAUUUUCUGCUAAUUGUAAACUUUCAACUGCAACUUUUGAAUGUAAUUUAUACAAGUAUUUUACUGACUAAACACAUAAUAAUUAAACAUUCCGUUAUAUGUAACUUAUCAAUAAAGUCGUCAGAAUACUGUAAAAUCAAUCGUCUACUUUCUGUUUCCUUCACAUAAUAUUAUGAAUAUGACUUUUUAUCAGCGAUUACCUAGCAUGCAUUAGUUGGCAUGUAAGAUAGCAUUUAGAUCAAUGUAGUAAGAUUCGUGUUAACGUAAGCGAUUCUCAAUUUAAAACAUUUUUAAUAAAACAUAUCGAGUUUAUGGGAGAUAAUGUUCUGGUACUUUCUAGAGAAAAUGAAAAUUUCAAAAAGCUCACUGUAUGACGGUAUUUUACCUGCUAGAUAUGAAAGAUACAGGAGUUCAGUUCAGCAAGAUCAAUUACAUGCGAAUGGCAAGACAUACUGGAUAAACUAAAGAACAGAAGAUUAUGUAAAAGUAAUUUCUUAUAGAAAAUACUUAUUACAUACAAAUUUAUAGUUUCCAUACCGUGUUUCAAAUCGAAACCAGCACAGUACAUAUAUAUUUUGUACUAUACAAUAUUUCCAUAAACUCGGUAUCUAUUGUAAUUCUAGUUAUUAUAUACUUACUGUGUAAUCUCGGAAACAAUAGAUUUUAAAACUAAUCAUUUUAGACGAGACUGAACGCAGCGUUAUCUGAUUGAAGCGUUAGACUAACAUUUUUAUUGUACCUAUUAAAUGGUUCUUAAUAAAGUAUGAAAAUUCAGUAAA